UUUUUUUUUUGGCAAAUAAUUAAAGAACAAACGAAAAAAAAAAUUAUAACAUUUCAAAAAUAUACCAUUAUUCCCUAACCCUUUUAUUCGAAAUAAUCAAUCACCAUACCAUCCCAUCCGAUAUCAUAAAAAAAAAUUUAUAAAAAAAAUGUGUUGUUGUAAAAAAUCACAAUGGCGAAAUGAAAGGAAGGUCGUUCAAGAUCAUAAAUUUGACUUUGUAGAUAUAGAUGAAUUUUACGAGCGUUCAUUUGCAAGAAAAUUUAAAUAUUGUUUAGUCUUUGUUGUGGUCUUAAAAACGAUACUGGUGUACAUUGCUGACUUAUGGACGGCGGGAAUUCUGUUAAUAUUUGAUAAGUGGGGAUCAUCCGUAAAACCAAAAAUUCCAAUUUAUAUUUCAAAAUGGAUUUUUGUUGGAGCUAUUUUAAUGUCAUUUAUUAUUUUGCUUUGGGAUAUUAAGAAGGCUAAACCAAUUGUUGCUUCAAGAGAUAUUUCUUAUACAUUUACAAGUCUUGUUGCGACAAGAUAUUAUACAUUAAGAAGUUACACACAUUAUUGUUUCUUUUGUCAAAUUCAAGAAUCGACAAAAUUAGUUGAUGAUGUGGCUUUUUUUGUAUUUUUUUCAUUUAAAGGAUGGAAACGUCUUAUAUUUGCUGAAUUACCACGUCAAGCUGUUAAUGCUGUUACACUUUAUUCAAUCGUUCAAUCCAAUCAUACAAGAAGAUAUUGGGAUAUUAAAGCUUAUGGAGAUAAUGUAGUUCAACAAUUUGCUGUAGCUUUAAUGGCCUUUACACUCAUCGUUUUUAUUCUGUCAUUUUCUAUGCUUUGCAUAGCGUUUGUUUUGUAUAUUCCUCUUUUAUGUCAUAUUAGAGGAAAUCUUAAAGAAUAUUGUUGUCACAAAGUAGAUAAAAGAAUCGCGGAAUUAAUUAAAAUUAGAUCUAGGAAACGUAUCGCACAAAAUAAAGAAGCAGCCGCAUUAGCCAAGGGUAAUCCCAGUAAUUUGAAAAAUAAGAAAGGUGUUAUACCUCCAAAAGAACCUACACUUCCUGUGGUCGUUGACGAUCCUCCAGCACCAGCCUAUACACAUGUGGGAGUCCCACCACCAUACAUUUCUAGACCAGGUUCACCAAAUGUUAAUGUCCCUUCAAGGACUGGUACUCCAGUUUAUCCUCCAAGAACAGGGACUCCACCAAGAACUGGAACUCCUCCAAUAUAUAGAACUGGAACUCCACCCAGACCUGGUACUCCAGGAUAUGGAAGAGUACAACCUUAUGGUCCACCAAAUGGACAACAACCGAAUCCAGCUUUGACGCGUCGUAAUAGUGUUUCAUCUGUAAUGUCUGGAAUGACCAAUGUAUCAUCUUAUUCAUCUUAUUCAACAUCUUAUGGGUCCGGAGGAUAUCAUCCUUACGGUCUUCCUAAUAGAUCACAAACGCCACCAUCAAGGCGCGGUCAUGAAAAUAAUUUAGUUGCACGAGCUGUAUUAAAUAAUACUAAUUACGCACCUUCAGAAAGAAGUGAUGGUGAUGAUGAUAAAUAUUCAGAAUAUGGUGGAUCUCAAGGUGAAAAUAACAACAGAUCUACAUUAAAUAAAUAUAAUGAACAUGAUUUAUAUCGAGCACCUUCACCGGCUCGUUCUUAUUCUCCUGCACCUUCAGUAUCAUCAACAACAUCAAAUCCUAGAUCACGAGGAGUUCCCUCAAGAUAUCAACAAGAACAUAAUAGAACACCUCGAUAUAAUAAUUAUGCACAACAAGGAGGUGGACCAAAUAGAAAUUAGAAUGAUAUUAUAAUUUAAUGAAUUAAUUUUUAGAUUAUUUAUAAUUUUUGCCCUAUUGUAGUUAAUGUUUUUAUAUAUUUGUAAUUUUUGUGAUCAUAAUAAUUUACAUUCGAAUAGUUAUUAGUAAUUUACAUUCGAAUAGUUUUUAAAAAUUUGAUAUAACGAUAAAAUUCUAUUUUUUCACGAUCUUGAAAUCGUAUAAAUAUCGGUAUACGGUAUAACCUUUUUUCAUUAA